UCAUUGCAGAAGUAUUCUACGACUAGAUCGAACGGCUUGCAGCAACUUCGCAGCCGUCCGUUGAAGGCAGCUGAACAUCAGCACUUUGAUCACUUGCUGUAGCUUUGCAGCAAUCAAAGUUAGGAGAGUAAGCUAGCUACAAUGGUGGCGCGUCAACGAAUCACACAGGAAUCCUUUGAUGAAGCCGUCCAAGAAAACAUCACAGAAUUUGAUAUGACGCCUGAAGAGGCGGUGAAGAGCGCUGUGGAGGAAUUCGAGAUGCAGGGAGCUGACUUGACAGGUAUUAUCAAGUCUGCUGAUGGCGGCAACAUCGACAGCCAUCCUGCAACGCUGGCAGUGCAGCGUCUCACUGCAGCUGUGGGAGCAGCGUGUGAUGCGGGGAGUGCUGAGCAGACGCAGUCAGAGACAGAUGCUUGCCAGCAGCUGCUGCAGGUCCUGCGCUCCUCGGACAAGGAGACACGGGCCGAGGCUGUCACAGUUGCGGUCAAGGCGGGAGCAGUGCGGGCGCUGCUGAGCAGCCAUGCAGUCACACAAGAGGCGGCCAGCGCCGGCCGAACCUGCCUGGCACUAUCAGUGCUCCCGGUCCUGCUCAUCAGCGACGGCGCCCAAGACGACUUCGCAGCGGCUGGUGGCGUCGAGACGCUUGCCGGCCUGCUAGACAGAUGGACCGGGGCAAAUCUGAGGCCGGGCAGCGGUGACGUCAUUGGCGCGGCGGCGGCCGCCAUCGAGGCAGCAGCGGCAAAGCACGAGAACAGCAAGUGCGCGUUCGUCGAUGCCGGGGUGCACACGCGGCUGAUCGGCGCAGCGGUGGCAAGCAGGCCCCCCGGCGGUGGUGAAGGUGUGGGGGGACAGCACCCCCCGCCGCCGUCGGCGCUGGCCGCCAUCUGCAAUGCGCUGCGCAGCUUUGCCACUGCCGAUGACCUGCGGCCAUCCACAUCCAGGGCGUUCCAGAACGGGCGCACAAUCGCCAACGCUGGCGCGCUGGAUGCAAUGUACGGCAUUCUGCAGAGGGAGAAUGACUCAGACGCCGCGGCGUGGCACCCGGAGCUUGUGGCUGCGGUUUGCGGCGCCAUGCGUCGCAUAGCAGUCAACGACGACACCUGCACAGAAUUCGCCGACUUGGGCGGCCUGGCCGCCACCAUGCAGGCGGUGCGCAAGGGCAUGGGGAGUGCGGCGGUGGCGCGCAGCGGAUUUGGGCUGCUGCGCCAGCUGGCAAACAGCGACGCGAUCAAGAACACCAUCGUAGACCAGGACGGCCUCGAACUCAUCAACACCGCCGUGGGCGCCCACAUCGCAUGCGCUGGCCCGCUGGAGCAAGCGCUGGGGCUGCUGGCGUCGCUGAUGCUGCGAAACCCGGCGGUGGCCGAGCGCGCGGUGGCGGCCGGCUGCAUCGACACCGCCCUGGACGCCAUGCGCGCGGCCGAGGCGGCCGGCAACCGCGGCUUCGCCGACAGCGCCGUCGGCGCUCAGUGGGCGUGCAUGGCAUUGCGCAACAUGGUGGCACGCAACCCGGAGCUGCGGCCGGCCGUGCUGGAGAAGGGCGCAGAGCCGUUCCUGCGCCGCGCAAAGGUGGCUCACCCUGCCACCUGCGAUGACGUCGGCGCGGCUGCCCUCCGCGACCUGGGAUUUGACGACUACCUUGCAUAA